UGGGAGGCAGGGGUCCAGUUGCUCUGCUUGGGAAGGAAAAGAACAAAAAGUGGGGGUGUUUGUCAGGAGCCUAAGGGCAGGGUUGCUGGGAGCAGUUGGGCUGUAAGUAUCAUAGCAAGAAACUCCCAGAGGUAGAGUAAUGGGACCUGUAAUUGUGCCUAGGACUGGGUGUUUUGGGGGGGCGGGGGCAGGGGGACCUUAUCUUUGUUAACCUGAAGCGCCUGCCUCUAGUACCCUUGGGAUUUUUAGUUCUUGAGCAUGUCUAGUAGAGAGCAUAAUGAGGACAGACAACGCCAGAUGGUCUAUUGGGAUGAUGUAGAUUGUCAGGUAAAAGCCUGUGCAACUAGAGUCUUGCAGGAGUGUGCUCAGUCACAAACCUUGAUGUGAGAGGGUACAGUGGGGCUAGCUGCAGAUCCUAGCUGUUCUGUGGGUCACAGUCUCCUGGAACUGUGGACAUGGCCAUAAAAUUGAAUGUCCCCCUGGUCUUACAUAUAGACCCAUGGGUCACUUCCCAACCCCGUAGCCAAACCUUUCGGCUCGGCUGUGCCAUGAAGCCAGAUCAUUUGUUUACAGUUCAGACCACAGAUGUGAUUAAAACCAACCCUUUCAAAUAGAACGACUCUGGAGGGAGACACUAUACAGAACUCAGCUUUUGACCUCUGCUCGUGUAGUGGGUAAAAUUGCCCAGAAGAGAUGGGUAGCCUGGAGAUGACAUCGUCUUAAUGGCAGAAGCUCUGGAGAAGCUCUUCUUGCAAAAAAUCAAUGAACUGCCCACAGAAGAAACUGAGAUAAUGAUAGUCCAGGCAAAAGGAAGAGGACGAGGGAGGAAAGAAGCAGGGACAGCAAAGCCUGGUGUGCCCACGGUACCAAACACAACUCAAGCAUCAACUUCUCCGCAGACCCAGACGCCUCAGCAGAACCCUCCUCCACCUGUGCAGGCCACAACUCAUCCCUUUCCUGCUGUCACCCCAGACCUCAUAGCCCAGCCUCCUGUCAUGACAAUGGUGCCCCCCCAGCCACUUCAGACACCUCCACCAGUACCCCCCCAGCCACAACCACCACCUGCUCCAGCUCCACAGCCUGUGCAGAGCCACCCACCCAUCAUUGCAACCACCCCACAGCCUAUUAAGACAAAGAAAGGGGUGAAGAGGAAAGCAGAUACCACCACCCCCACCACCAUCGACCCCAUUCAUGAGCCGCCCUCACUGGCCCCAGAGCCCAAGACCACCAAGUUGGGUCCUCGGCGGGAGAGCAGCAGGCCUGUGAAGCCCCCAAAGAAGGAUGUACCAGACUCACAGCAGCACCCAGCACCAGAGAAGAGUAGCAAGAUCUCUGAGCAGCUGAAGUGUUGCAGUGGCAUCCUCAAGGAGAUGUUUGCCAAGAAACAUGCUGCCUAUGCCUGGCCCUUCUACAAGCCUGUGGACGUGGAGGCCCUGGGUCUGCAUGACUACUGUGACAUCAUUAAACACCCCAUGGACAUGAGCACAAUCAAGUCUAAACUAGAGUCCCGUGAGUACAGAGAUGCCCAGGAAUUUGGUGCUGAUGUCCGAUUGAUGUUCUCCAACUGCUACAAGUACAACCCCCCUGACCAUGAAGUGGUGGCCAUGGCUCGAAAACUCCAGGAUGUGUUUGAAAUGCGCUUUGCCAAGAUGCCUGAUGAGCCUGAAGAGCCAGUUGUUACGGUGUCCUCCCCUGCAGUGCCACCCCCUACAAAGGUGGUGGCUCCACCCUCAUCUAGUGACAGCAGCAGUGAUAGUUCCUCAGACAGUGACAGUUCCACUGACGACUCCGAGGAAGAGCGAGCCCAGCGGCUGGCUGAGCUCCAGGAGCAGCUCAAAGCCGUGCAUGAGCAGCUUGCAGCCCUCUCACAGCCCCAGCAGAACAAACCAAAGAAAAAGGAAAAGGACAAGAAGGAAAAGAAGAAGGAAAAGCACAAAAAGAAAGACGAAGUGGAGGAAAAUAAGAAAAGCAAAACCAAGGAACUUCCUCCCAAAAAGACAAAGAAAAAUAACAGCAACAGCAGUGUGAGCAAGAAGGAACCAGCACCCAUGAAGAACAAGCCGCCUCCUACGUAUGAAUCAGAGGAAGAGGACAAGUGUAAGCCCAUGUCCUAUGAGGAGAAACGGCAGCUAAGUCUAGACAUCAACAAACUUCCUGGUGAGAAGCUAGGCCGUGUAGUACACAUCAUCCAGUCGAGAGAGCCAUCACUUAAGAAUUCCAACCCUGAUGAGAUUGAAAUUGAUUUUGAGACCCUGAAACCGUCCACACUUCGAGAGUUGGAGCGCUAUGUCACCUCCUGUUUGCGGAAGAAAAGGAAACCUCAAGCUGAAAAAGCUGAUGUGACUGCUGGUUCUUCCAAGAUGAAGGGCUUCUCAUCUUCUGAGUCGGAGAGCACCAGCGAAUCCAGCUCCUCUGACAGUGAAGACUCAGAAACAGAGAUGGCUCCUAAGUCAAAAAAGAAGGGGCAUCCUGGGAGGGACCAAAAAAAGCAUCACCAUCAUCACCAUCAACAGAUGCAGCCAGCCCCGGCUCCUGUGCCCCAGCAGCCGCCCCCACCUCCACAGCAGCCUCCUCCACCCCCACCUCCACAGCAACAACAACAGCCCCCACCCCCUCCACCACCACCCUCCAUGCCUCAGCAGACUGCCCCAGCGAUGAAGUCCUCGCCCCCGCCCUUCAUCACUGCCCAAGUCCCCGUCCUGGAACCACAGCUACCAGGCAGUGUCUUUGACCCUAUUGGCCACUUCACCCAGCCCAUCUUGCACCUGCCGCAGCCGGAGCUGCCUCCUCACCUGCCCCAGCCUCCUGAGCACAGCACUCCACCCCAUCUCAACCAGCAUGCCGUGGUCUCUCCUCCAGCUUUGCAUAAUGCACUGCCCCAGCAACCAUCUCGGCCCAGCAACCGAGCUGCUGCUCUGCCUCCAAAGCCUACCCGACCCCCAUCUGUGUCCCCUGCCCUGGCCCAGCCCCCCCUGCUCCCACAGCCACCCAUGUCUCAGCCCCCCCAAGUGCUGCUGGAGGAUGAAGAGCCACCUGCCCCACCCCUCACCUCCAUGCAGAUGCAGUUGUACCUACAACAGCUGCAGAAGGUGCAGCCCCCCACACCGCUACUCCCUUCCGUGAAGGUGCAGUCCCAACCCCCACCUCCUUUGCCCCCUCCACCCCACCCUUCUGUGCAGCAGCAGCAGCUCCAGCAGCAGCCCCCACCACCUCCACCACCCCAGCCCCAGCCACCACCCCAGCAACAACACCAACCCCCACCACGGCCAGUUCACUUGCCAUCCAUGCCCUUUUCUGCUCACAUCCAGCAGCCCCCACCCCCCACAGGACAGCAGCCUACCCACCCGCCCCCAGGACAGCAGCCACCCCCACCACAGCCUGCCAAGCCUCAGCAAGUCAUUCAGCAUCACCCUUCACCCCGGCACCACAAGUCAGACCCCUACUCAGCCAGUCACCUUCGUGAAGCUCCCUCUCCGCUUAUGAUACAUUCCCCUCAGAUGCCACAGUUCCAGAGCCUGACCCAUCAGUCUCCACCCCAGCAAAAUGUCCAGCCUAAGAAGCAGGUAAAGGGCAGGGCUGAGCCACAGCCUCCAGGGCCAGUCAUGGGCCGAGGCCAGGGAUGCCCACCUGCCUCACCGGCUGCCGUACCUAUGCUGUCCCAGGAGCUGCGCCCACCCUCAGUCGCCCAGCCUCAGCCCCUGGUGGUAGUAAAAGAGGAGAAGACUCACUCACCAAUCAUCCGCAGUGAGCCUUUCAGCACCUCACUUCGACCAGAGCCCCCCAAGCACCCAGAGAGCAUCAAAGCCCCAAUCCACCUGCCGCAGCGGCCUGAGAUGAAGCCUGUAGAUGUAGGGAGGCCUGUGAUCCGGCCCCCAGAGCAGAGUGCACCCCCACCAGGGGCCCCUGACAAGGACAAACAGAAACAGGAGCCAAAAACACCAGUGGCACCUAAAAAGGACCUGAAAAUCAAGAACAUGGGCUCCUGGGCCAGCCUAGUACAGAAGCAUCCGACCACCCCAUCCUCCACAGCCAAGUCUUCAAGUGACAGCUUCGAGCAUUUCCGCCGUGCUGCUCGGGAGAAGGAGGAGCGGGAAAAGGCCCUGAAGGCUCAGGCUGAGCAUGCAGAGAAGGAGAAGGAGCGGCUGAGGCAGGAGCGCAUGAGGAGCCGAGAGGAUGAGGAUGCGCUGGAACAGGCACGUCGAGCCCAUGAGGAGGCACGACGGCGCCAGGAGCAGCAGCAGCAGAGGCAGGAGCAACAGCAACAGCAGCAGCAGCAGCAGCAGGCAGCUGCUGUGGCCGCUGCUGCUGCCCCUCAGGCCCAGAGCUCCCAGCCCCAGUCUAUGCUGGACCAACAAAGGGAGUUGGCCCGAAAACGAGAGCAGGAACGGAGGCGCAGGGAGGCAAUGGCAGCUACGAUUGACAUGAAUUUCCAGAGUGAUCUUUUGUCAAUAUUUGAAGAAAAUCUUUUUUGAGAGCACCUGGGUGACUUCUGACUUUUUCUGGCAAAAAUAUUGACUCUCCAUAGUGUUAGGGGCGGCAGUGGAGGCAGUAGCAGUGGCCAGGGAUGUCUCUGGGCCUGGCUCUCCUGCAUGCUAUGCCCGGGGCAGGCCUGACGGGCAGCUGAGGAUCACAGAGCCCAUCUGCCUUACAGCCAGCCGGACAGACGUCCUACCACAUGCCACCCCCUCAGAGGAUGUCAGCUCAGCGCUCGCCUCAAUACGAGUCAGGUGCCGGCUGGACCCAAGGCCUGCGUCCCCGCAUGUGGGGCAGAGGCCCUUCUCUGCGCCAAAUGUCUACACAGUAUACACAGGAUAUUGUUGCUGCCGCCACCGUGACUGGUUUUCUGUCUCUGAGAACGUGACGUUUGUGACGUCCUACUCAUUGGAGUCCUUCACACCCCAGCCAUCGCUGCCCACUACAGGAGGCUAGGGCAAGCCUGUAUGGACUGGAGCAGCAAGGCACUGGCCCACCCCUUGCUGGCACUGACUUUGCCUUGAACAGACCCUCUCCCCUCCCCCCACAAGCCUUUAAUUGAGAGCCGCUCUCUAUAAGUGUUCGCUUGUGCAAAAGGGAAUAGUGCCAUGGAAGUGUGUGUUUGUCCAUGGCAAUUCAGAUAGAGGUGACUGUUCACAUGUAUGGACAGACCUCACCUGGGGAGUAAGGCCACCAACCAAAGUCAGUUCCUUCCCACCUGUUUCUGAUUUUGUUUUUUCCUAUAUAUAUAUAUAUUUUUUGUUGUUGUUGUUGUUGAAUUCUGUUUUAUUUUUAAUUCUCCCUUCUCUUUCAAACACAGUGGCACUGCUUAUCUCCAAAUGGUGUGAUCGUCUCCUCAUUGAGCGGCAGCUCCCACUGCGCUGUGGGUAGUGUGUGACCGUGGCUGUACUGUAUAGUGAACAUAGUUGGCAUAUCUUUGUUUGAAGUUUGUUGGUGACUCCACCAAACUGGUGUAAAAAAACAAAACAAAACAACAACAAAAAAGAGAAAAAAA